UCCUUUCUUUUUCAAAAACCCUAGCCAAAAUCCAAACGUUUCGUUUUCAAAAUUCGAACUUGGCGCUCUACGCAUUUGGGAUCUUCUUCUGUAUCUCCGAGCCCGAACUCAUCUUUUCUUUCGAUCGUCAAAGAAAAAUGGGUGGGUCUCAUAGUCGCGAAUACUUGUUAGAAAGUUCCGACUCGGAACGUGAAGAAGAAGAAGAAGAGGGAAACUAUGAAGAUGCGACAGGAGAAGAUUCGGAACGGAGAGUGAAAACACCGUCAUCAAUUGAUGACGUUGAGGCCAAGCUCAAAGCCCUCAAGCUCAAAUACUCUUCAACCCACAACCCCAAACUCAAUAACGCCGUUAAGCUUUACCUUCACGUUGGUGGAAACACUCCAAAUGCCAAAUGGGUAACCUCUGAGAAACUCACCUCUUACUCUUUCGUUAGGACCCGCCGAAUCGAUGACGAUGACGAAGACGAAGACGAAGACGAAGCUGAGGAAGAUGGGGAAUCUUCGUGGGUUUUGAAGGUUGGUUCCAAAAUCCGAACCAAGGUGGGUGCGGAGAUGCAAUUGAAAACUUUCGGCGACCAGCGUCGUGUGGACUUCGUUGCGCGUGGUGUUUGGGCUAUGAAGUUCUUCACAGAACAAGAUUACAAUGCCUUUGUUGCAGAGUUUCAGAAGUGUGUGUUUGAGAACACGCAUGGCGUUGAAGCGACGGAAGAAAACAAGCUCAAGGUUUAUGGAAAGGAUUUUAUUGGGUGGGCGAAACCAGAAGCUGCUGAUGAUUCUAUGUGGGAAGAUGCGGAUGAUAGCUUCUCCAAGAGCCCCGGUUCCGCCACUCCGUUGAGAGGGAACCAAGACUUGAGGGAGGAGUUUGAGGAAGCAGCAAAUGGUGGGAUACAGAGCUUGGCUUUGGGAGCAUUGGACAACAGUUUCUUGGUUGGCGAUACCGGGAUUCAGGUUGUGAAGAAUUUCGCUCAUGGGAUACAUGGGAAAGGUGCUUUUGUCAAUUUUGGUGAUAGAUAUCAGAAUGCGGGUUCGUCUUUGGUGCAUUCUACACCCAAGAAAACGCUUCUUAUGAAGGCGGAGACCAACAUGCUCCUCAUGAGUCCAAUGGGUGGGGGUAAGCUUCAUUCUACUGGGCUUCACCAGCUUGAUAUUGAGACUGGGAAGGUUGUGACGGAGUGGAUGUUUGGAAAGGAUGGGACUGAAAUUACAAUGAGAGAUAUCGCCAAUGAUAGUAAGGGUGCUCAGUUGGAUCCUUCGGGAUCUACUUUUCUAGGAUUGGAUGAUAACAGGCUUUGUAGAUGGGAUAUGCGUGACCGCAAUGGAAUAGUUCAAAAUCUUGCUGACUCUAAUGCUAAGACAGAUACCCCUGUCCUCAAUUGGGCACAAGGGCAUCAGUUCUCAAGAGGGACCAACUUUCAAUGCUUUGCCACCACCGGUGAUGGUUCAAUUGUUGUAGGAUCUCUUGAUGGGAAGAUUCGCCUCUAUUCAAUCAACUCUAUGAGGCAGGCAAAAACAGCUUUUCCUGGCCUUGGCUCGCCUGUUACUCAUGUUGAUGUUACUUUCGAUGGCAAGUGGAUUGUGGGUACAACCGAUACCUACUUAGUUCUUAUUUGUUCCAUCUUUACUGACAAAGAUGGGAAAGCAAAGACUGGUUUUGCCGGACGCAUGGGAAAUAGGAUCGCUGCCCCAAGAUUGCUGAAGCUCAACCCUCUGGAUUCACAUUUAGCUGGAGUCAAUAACAAAUUCCGUAAUGCUCAGUUUUCUUGGGUGACAGAGAAUGGGAAGCAGGAGCGACAUAUAGUAGCCACAGUGGGGAAGUUCAGCGUGAUAUGGAACUUCCAACAAGUCAAGGAUGGUUCUCACGAGUGCUACCAUAACCAACAGGGUCUAAAGAGCUGCUACUGCUACAAGAUAGUCCUUCGGGAUGAUUCCAUUGUUGAUAGCCGGUUUAUGCAUGACAGGUUUGCAGUCACUGAUUCUCCUGAGGCUCCGUUGGUAAUAGCCACGCCAAUGAAAGUCAGCUCAUUCAGCAUGUCCAGCAAGCGAUGAUAAUCUGGACACAGCCAUUGAUCUAAUU